AAUUGAAAGAGUUAGAAAUAGAAACCAAGUUUAUAUAUUCUAUUUUUUUAGUCUGAAAACCAAUAAUAGAUACAAAUCUUUAACUCUAGAUAAUAAUGUGCAAACCAUGGUUAAGUCCAUAGGAUCUUUAUCAAUCACUUAAUCUAUGGUUAAGGCAUAAAAGACCUGUGAUUUUCUUUGGCAUCUUUCUGCUUGAGAUUUUCCAAAGUGUUAAACACUAAAAAACCAAUAUCUUUAAUUUCUUUAAGUGGUGAAGAUUGAAGACAAAUAUUAACAUGGGAAAAAACGGAGAGGGUCUUGGAGGAUCUGAGGCAAUAUAUCAGGAAACGGUAGAAGAUGAAGUUAAGGCCACUAAGAAAGUUCCUGUUGGUCCUAUACACAAAUUAAUAGCAGAGAAUACCAAGUCAAACAGUUUGGUCAUGAAGAAGCCAAAUGUGGUGAUUCCUGCUCAUAUCAUAGCUGAAGCAAUAUCAACUAUCCGCGACAUUGACCUAAGAUGGUCAGGUCCAAUCACACAGAAAGAAAUGGAAUAUGUAGAGGAAUAUGUCCUAGCAAAGUAUCCUGAAUAUGCAAAUCUAAUUGAAGGAGAUGGAAGUGGUAUAGACAUGUCAAGUUUUAUCAUCAAUGAGGAGCCUUCGGAAUUACCAAUGUCAGAUGAUAGAAGAAAGUCACCAAGAUCGCCUUCUUUUGGAAGCAACCUUCCUGAGAUGGAUAGAACACAGUUAGAGCCAUCAAGACUACUUGAUAUUCUCAACAAAAAAUCCUCCUUUCCUGGAAGUUUCAUCUCGAUACCGGAAAUUCAAGCUCAAAAUAAGGUUUUGAAACAUUGUGGUUUGCCUGAUGAUGAGUAUUUGGUUCUUUUCACUCCAAGUUACAAGGAUGCUAUGAUGUUGGUGGGAGAAAGUUAUCCUUUUGUUAAGGGAAAUUACUACAUGACUAUUCUUGGUGAACAACAAGAGGAUUAUAUCAAAGAAUUUGCUUCUUUUAAGGAAUCCAGGGUUCUCAUAGCACCUAAGACAUGGCUUGAUUUGAGGAUUAGAGGGUCUCAGUUAAGUCAAAAUUUUAGGAGGAAAUGUAAGAUUAGUCCAAAAGGGCUAUUUGCUUAUGUGGCAGAUGUGAAUGGGACAAUGCAUUGGGUUUCUGAGGCUCAUAGGAACUAUUGGCAUGUUUUGCUUGAUGCAUCUGCAAUGGUUGUGGGAAAGGAUAGGCUACAUGUUGGACUUCAUAGGCCUGAUUUCUUAGUAUGUUGUCUUGAUAACACAAAUUCCAAUCCUUCAAAAAUCACUUGUCUCUUGGUUAGAAAGAAAAGUUUUGACACCUCAAACGGUUCAUCUUAGGUUAAUGGAUGAAUGAGAAUAGUACUUGUUUCAUAUUGUUGGACAAUAUUUGAACUACAUAGUAAUUGGUAUCAUGAACUCCCCAAAAAAGAAAAAACAGUGAAUUUUCGAUGUGUAUUUGUUGUAGAUUGAAUAAAUGCUUUAACAUAUAUAUGUAGAGAAAAACCACCGAUUAUUGGCUUAAAUGCAUUUGUAUUCUUGAUCAUUUGGUUGGUUUAUAUUGUAAGUUACUCAUGUUACGAUUUUGGGAUGGUUCUAUGGCCAAACCAAUUUUCCAUAACAAUUUGUUUUGAAGUUCUACAUUGA